AUGAACGAAAAAACUGAUAAUGAACUUCCAGCUAAUUGGGAAGCAGGAAAGACAAGUGAUGGACGAGUAUUUUAUAUUGAUCAUCAUACACAAAAAACUCAAUGGGAACAUCCAAUAACUAAACAAAUUCAAUUUAUACCCAAAGGUUCAUAUUCAAUAAUUCUAAUCGAAAAAAAACGUUCUUUUUUGUUUUGUUUAUUAGAAUUACCAACUGGUUGGAAAGAAGUUGUUGAAAAAAAUGGUACUGUUGUUUAUGUUGAUGAGAAAAAUAAAUGUUUUACAACUGGUGAUCCUCAAUUAAUGUUUAAAAAAGAAUCUAGUACAAAUUAUGGACAUCAAUCAAGUGCAUUACAAAUUCUUUAUGGUAUUGACUUAAGUAAUAAAACAGCAAUUGUAACUGGUGCUAAUACUGGUAUAGGCUUUGAAAUAACACGUUCAUUAGCAAAACAUGGUUGUCAAGUUAUAUUAGCUUGUCGAAAUAUGACAAAAGGUGAAGCUGCUUGUUCAAAAAUUCGAAAAGAACAGGAAAAUGCAAAUGUUAGUUGUAGAAAAUUAGAUUUAUGUUCGUUACGUAAUGUGAAACAAUUUGCUGAACAAUAUCGACAAGAACGUUUACCAUUACAUAUUCUUGUAUUAAAUGCUGGUAUUUUAAAUGUCACAUUUCGAUUAACUGAAGAUGGUUAUGAAGAAAUGUUUCAAGUUAAUUAUUUGUCACAAGCUUAUCUUGCUUUUGGAUUACUUGCACCAAUGUUAGCAACAAAAACGGAUAGUCCACCUCGUAUUAUUGCUAUUAGUUGUGAAUCACAUCGAGUAGAAAGUCCAGGAAUUUCAAUAAUAAAUGGAAUUAUUACUGAUCGAUUAAGUCCUCGUUCACCGCAAUAUUUUGAUCAUUUAUUAGCAUAUGGUCAAUCAAAACUUUGUUUAAUAAUGUUUAUUGCAGCAUUCCGUCGAAAUCAGCCUCAAGUCUAUGCAGUUUCUUGUCAUCCAGGCAAUGCAAUUAAUUCGGAAUUAACUCGAAAUUCUUAUGCAUAUCAAUUUCUUGUUUUACUUACACGUCCAUUUGCUAAAUCUUUACAACAAGCAGCUGCAACACCAAUAUUUUGUACUAUAAUGAAACAUAUUUUAAAUGAACCCACUGUCUAUUAUAAUAAUUGUGAUGAAGGUUCACCAUCCUCAUUUGUUUAUAACAUAAAAUUAAUUGAUGAUUUAUGGAUACAAACUCAAACAAUGAUAGAAUUAGCAUUCAAAAAACAGCCAUUAAUUAUCUAA